ACUUAUAGGCGUCAUUUUGAAGAAUAUCUUGAUUGACCUUUAUGGCAGAAACUAGGUAGGGCCAGUUGAAGCGGAUAUAGUAUAUGGUAUAAAGCGUCGGAAAAUGCAUAUUGGUGCCGGAAGAUUAUUGGAAUGAAAAACAGCCGUUUCAUCUAAAAAACGACGAAGAUUUACAAAAGACACAGCUAAAAUGACCACCAGUCAUUUGUGACAAAGAUGACACAUUCGUCUCAUUACGGCCAUGCGCGGCAAAGAAGAAGAAGAAGAAGAGGCUAGCUUGACAGCGAUGAGUCGCGAACAAAGCUUCGAACAAGUCGGCACUUCUGCGAGACUUUUGGGGAAGGCUAAGGACUCCAACAAAAGAACACUGAGUCCACCAUCUCCAGAGUCCAUCUGGCAUUUGAAAGCAAUUCACCAGCAAAGUCUGAAAAGCAAGGUCGGCACCUUCAGGAGUCUAUCGCAGGUCCGGGGCACCGAUGCGACUCUUAGCCCAGCCACCAGUGGCAAGUACAGCUCGCACGCGAGAGAGUCGAAGCAUCGGCGUCCAUCAGAGACCAGGCCAGAAGGACGAACCACGAGCCCAAUUCCACCAAAGCGGUACGUCGUGGUAUCCCCGCCACGUAUUUCGCCAACAGCGGAGCCGCCUGCAAGAGCCGGCUUCUCUUACGUCCCUCGAGAGGAACUCAUUCUGUCAGAGGCGCCGAACUUUCCAACUGCACGACAGCAGCGGUCCCAGAACUCAAGAACUCCUUUGACAUCAUUGCCGAAGAGCGUCGAACAACCCGGGGAAAGCGGCUGGAACGACAGUGCACCUAUCGUGUCGGCGUCUUCUCCAAUGGCUUCGCAGUCACAGUCAUCGCCGUCGCCCGAGGUGUGCGAGGUACCGGCGACGUCGCCUGCGAGGACCACGGGCUGCCGCGUCAAUUUCGUGCAGGUCUGGAUCCUCUGCAUCGUCGCGUUGGGAACGCUAGGCAUGCCUCUGGGAAUGCUCAUCCUCUCCUACUUGGCCACGCCGCCGCUGAACAUCAGCAGCGUCCCAGUCGAGCAGACGAGGAUCCACGCCGCGAUCAGUCAUUCCCGUACGACAAAGGCGACGCCGUUGCCCACGUUCACCACAGAUUCGCGGCCGAUGACAGCCGACCCGUGGGUGGGAGUUCGGCGCUUCUGUCGACAGCAACCAAACGUCACGGACAACAGCAACCUCGUGAUGCCGAACAACCCGAUCAGCGCGCAAAGACCGAUUCGCCGCAACCUCUUCUGCCUGUUCAACGUCACCAGAUUCUACAGAGGCGGAGGCUUCGAUUUCGUGCCACAUAACUUGCCCUUCCACCUCUGCCCGAACGUCGUUUAUUGGUCGUUCGGCAUCGCAGACGGCGUUCCGUUUAGUCGGGUGCCAGCAUUCGACACGGACUACGGUCUCGACAGGCUUAGGGACACCGCGAUCAGUGUCGGCACCCCGAACGUGAGGAUUCUGCUGGCCGUCGGCGGAUACCGCGAGGAAAACCCCCAGUUCGCGCUGCUGGGUCGAGAUGCCGGCGCUCUGUCUCGCUUCGUGCGCGGUGCGAUGGGGCUCGUGAAGACCAACCGGCUGGACGGCUUGGCCCUCCACUGGCGGGAAGCCGUACCUGGCUGCGAAAGCGGAACACUACGCGACGCUUCGUCGUUGCGUGCCACCUUCCUGGCCGUCCGCAGCGUGUUCCAGCUUAACGGUUUUCCUGGAUUGCUCGCCCUUAUCCUGCCGACGAAGGUGGACAGCACGGACACCAUCAUUGAUCACGUUGUCGACCUUGUCGACUACGUGUUUUUGGAAGUUCGAUAGGUGACACCUCCGUCCCAUCCGAUUAGCUACACGUUCUGCGGGGUACUAGCCUCGACAAUAGUGGGACUAAUUCAAAACAGCCCACGUUAUGCUGGCAACGAGGCGAAGUUCUGCCCGCUGCUCAGCGUGGCUCCCUGGCUGGUGGACGCCGAACCUCGAACAUCCGGCAGCGCAGUGCCCCUACUGGAACAUUGGAGCAACGCGUCACAAUUUAGCAGCGCGCUCGGAGUGGGCAGUGCUCUGGAAAUGAGGGGACCACCGCAGCCGUGUCAAAUACUUUCGCCCGCUCUGAAGAACAAUGACGCCUGCCUUGCAGUGACAUCUACAGCGAACACGCGUCUCGUCUAUUUGUUCCACAGCGAUUUUACGUUGUGGAAGAUCUUUUCCCAAGGCUUACCGGCAAACUCCAGUGUGCGAUGCGCCUUACUCGUGGACCUAGACCUGGACAAUUAUGUGGUGCAAAGCAAUGGGAACUUCCCGGUCUACUGGCUCAUCCAGUACGUGUACUCGGUGCUCGAACAUAGCGUUCCUAACUUCAUGCUCAAUUCUACGGGAACUUGCUGACGUCGACGGCAAAGCGCAGUGACGGUUAUCUACUGCGCGAACGGAAUAAAUCAAUGUGGCUACUUGCCUUCU